UUGUGGUAUGUGGGGACACUUGAGUGCUUCACCCUCAAUGUAUAAGCGCAUGACAUCCAGAGAUUCCAUGAAUGCUGAUGUUGAAGCUGAUUCAGAUGCUCUUCAGAAUGGUGUAGAGAAAGAGAUGACAAAUCCCUCUUGGAAGUAUUCGUGUCCACAUGUACUCGUGGCAACAAUAGUUGCAUUUCUGUUUGGCUAUCAUCUUGGGGUAGUGAAUGAACCACUUGAAAGUAUUUCAGUUGAUCUUGGCUUCAGCGGGGAUACAUUGGCGGAAGGUCUGGUGGUGAGUACUUGUCUGGCAGCUGCCUUUGCUGGAUCCUUGAUAAGUGGUUGGAUUGCUGAUGGAGUUGGCCGUCGUCGAGCCUUUCAGUUGUGCUCAUUGCCUAUGCUUAUGGGUGCUUCUUUAUGUGCAACUGCCAAAACUCUAGCAGGCAUGCUCGCAGGAAGAUUUUUAGUGGGAUUAGGAUUGGGCGUGGGUCCUCCGGUUGCUUCUCUUUACGUUGCAGAGGUUUCUCCUGCUCAUGUGAGGGGUACUUACGGGAGUUUGAUUCAAAUAGCAACAUGUCUUGGGCUGAUGGCAGCUCUUGUUAUAGGGAUCCCUGUCAAGAAUAUAGUGGGUUGGUGGCGUGUAUGUUUUUGGGUGUCUACUAUUCCUGCUGCAAUACUUGCACUUGCUAUGAUGUUUUGUGUUGAGUCCCCUCAUUGGCUAUAUAAGCGAGGAAAACUUGCUGAGGCUGAAUUCGAGUUUGAGAGGCUUCUAGGAAGUUCACAUGUUAAAAGUGCAAUGCUAGAGCUUUCAAAGUCGGAUAGAGGGGACGAAACUGAAAGUGUUAAAAUCUCUGAAUUGCUCAAUGGACGGCAUUCUAGAGUUGUUUUUAUUGGGGCAACCCUAUUUGCUUUACAACAGCUAUCUGGAAUAAAUGCUGUGUUUUAUUUCUCUUCAACUGUAUUUAGACGUGCGGGAGUAUCCUCGAACCUGGCAAAUGUUUUUAUUGGGAUUGCAAACUUGACAGGGUCAAUUGUGGCCUUGGUUCUGAUGGACAAAUUAGGAAGGAAAGUCCUCCUUCAUUGGAGCUUCUUUGGAAUGGCUUUGGCCAUGGCCCUUCAAGCGUUUGCUUCAAGUGGGAUUGCAUCAAAUUAUGGAGCUUUUUACUUUUCUGUUGGUGGCAUGCUGCUGUUUGUCUUGACAUUUGCUGUUGGAGCUGGUCCAGUUCCUGGUCUCCUCCUCCCAGAAAUAUUACCCAGUCGAAUUAGGGCUAAAGCUAUGGCAUUUUGUAUGUCAGUUCACUGGGUGGUUAACUUUUUUGUUGGACUGAUGUUCUUGCGUUUGCUCGACCAACUUGGGCCACACCUAUUAUACUCCAUAUUUGGCACCUUCUGCGUGAUGGCCGUGGUAUUUGUAAAGAGGAAUGUGAUGGAAACAAAGGGAAAGUCACUUCAAGAAAUUGAGAUUGCCCUUCUUCCACAAGAAUAGAGAGUAAGUUC